AAAACUGGUAAAGAGGCAUGGUACGUUCUUAGGAUAGGAAUUUACAGCGUUUAGAACUUAAUUUGUUGUGCAUGUCUUACCAACUGCAUGGGAUCUUAUUUGUUUCAUGAUCAAAGAAUGACAGACCGACUAGAAAAUGACAGCGAUGCUUUUGACAGAGACUCGGACAGCGAUCGUGAUAGAGAUAUUGCUACAAUUUUGCAAUAUUUAAUUCGAAGUGGUCAGGUUCGUAUAAUAGCUGCAUCAUCGCCGCACUUGUAUGAAGAGGAUUCUGAUGAAGACUUAUGCUCUUCUCGUACUCCUCCAAAAGUUGAUCGUAAUCCAGAUACAUCUCGAUUAAAGGACAGUGACCUGUCACAAGCAAUAAAAUUGAGUUCAGGUGCUCUAAAUGACAAAUACACAAAUUCGGAAUGCAAAAUGAAUCCUUUGCCAUCGAUGUUGAGAGCAGUAAAGAAGUUGGCCAUGAAUGGCAGAGGGAAAUUUUCUCAAGGAGAUAGGUGUCAAAUAAUUAAAAGAGUUCUUCCAAAUAAAAUGAAUAUGCUGGAUAGAUAUCAUGGUAAAGUGUUUUGUGGAACUUUUGCUAAAGACGGGGAUGUUUUUAUGUCUGCAGCUCAAGAUUAUUGUAUACGUCUGUAUGAUACAAGCAAAGGACGUUUUAAUCUUAAAAGAACUGUUGAAGCUAGAGAUGUCGGCUGGAGCAUAUUAGACAUUGCAGUUAGCCCUGAUGGUAGUAGCUUCAUUUACUGCAGCUGGUCAGAAUCCAUUCAUAUUUGCAAUGUAUUUGGAGAACAAGAGGUUCAUGAAGCACUUCCUCUCUUUCCGGACGAAAGAAGAUUUUGUGUAUUUGCACUACGCUUUUCACAAGAUGGACGGGAGAUUCUUGGAGGAGCUAAUGAUGAAUGUCUAUAUGUAUAUAAUCGAGAGGAAAAUAAAAGGACGUUGAAGAUCCGUUCACAUGAAGAUGAUGUAAAUACAGUUGCUUUUGCUGACAACACUUCACAAAUUUUAUUUAGUGGUGGUGAUGAUGGUAUAUGUAAGGUUUGGGAUCGUAGAACACUUAUAGAAUUACAACCUAAGCCUGUUGGAAUUUUACUUGGACAUGAAGAUGGUAUUACUUAUGUGGAUUCCAAAGGUGAUGGUCGACAUCUAAUCACUAACAGCAAAGAUCAAACUAUUAAACUGUGGGACAUGAGGGCUUUCUCACCGUCAUCAAGUCUCGAAGUUUCUCGGAGAGCUGUUUCCUCCCAUAAUUGGGAUUAUAGGUGGCAACGGGUUCCGUCUAGUUUAAACAGACAAAAACGUAAAUUAACUGGUGAUACUUCUCUAAUGACGUAUCGUGGACAUAGUGUGUUACAAACACUCAUUCGUUGCCAUUUUUCGCCUGAAGCUACGACUGGUCAAAGCUAUAUCUAUACAGGUUGUGCUCAAGGCCGUGUUGUUGUUUAUGACGUGCUGACUGGCAAAAUCAAAGCAAUUCUACGAGGACAUAAAGGGUGUGUACGUGAUGUUUCGUGGCAUCCAUAUCGAAAUGAAAUAAUGAGCAGUUCUUGGGAUGGAACUGUCGUUAAAUGGACUUAUAACAAAACUGAAAUUGAUUCCGAUUCAGAAGAGUUUUCCUCUGUACAUAGUCCAACAUCUAGCAGCACUCAAGAGUCUUUUGGAUCAUCUGGCUUACGCCGAUCUCAACGGUUAGCAGACCAAAGAAGAAGACAGGGAUCUGAAAUGGGCUGACCUAGAAAAAAUCCGUACAAAUGAAAAUUUUAGUUGAGUUGAACUCAAAAGUGCAUUCCCAAAGAUUUAAAGGAAUCGCCGUUUAUUUUAGAAGCAAAGAAUUUGGAGUAUUGCACAAAAUUACAUCAGCGUGCAGAUACAUAAAUAUCGUUUGGUAAUGCAAACCAUAAAAGAGUUCUGCUGAAACAUGAGGGGCCUUUCACUGCUCUCAAUGAAUGGGAAAUAUAUUUUGAAAUACCGAACUUAUUUGUAAAAUUUCUGCUUUCAGUAAUCUGAAUUUAAAUUUGCAAAUAGUAGUUGUAAAUCUUAAAGGUUGUUAUGAGAGUUAUUUCUGUUAUAAACCAAUCUCUGAAAUCUGCAUUGUACUUUAAUUGAAAGUAAA